AUUACGUGUGUUUCGUCUACGGAACAAAAUUUCAAUAAUAAACUCAUAACGACGACAAGGAACAAAAUUUCUGCCAUCAAAACGUCGAGAAAUUUAUCUUAAGCGAAAAUUAGCAUAAUUUUAACGUGACAAUCCAAUCAGAAUGAUCGAAUUCGCGUUUCGGUAGAGUACGGAGUGUGAUCUAAUCUCUUUUUCGUGAGACCUUCAAACACCUGCCUACAUAAAAAUCUUGUGGGCACGAGCAAAUCGAGUAGUUACGCGAUCAUAAUGAGAUGUUGCAGCAAAAUAAUGUCAUCCAGAUGAUCGCCAUUGUUGUUCGUAGUCGUAGACUUGCAGUGCCGUAGAACGAACCUUCUUAGAAACACAGAGAAAAAAUCAAUUGUCAAUUAAGUUUUUUGUCGUUUGUUCAUUAUUCAUGUUUGUUUUGUCGUUCUCCGAAUGAUUUACGACCAUUAUUUGAACAAUGCCUAAAGUGGCAUAAGGUUACAACAAAGUACAACAAGUGAAUGUUAUCAGUCAGGGUGUGCAUUGGCACAUACCAAAAGUGUCACUCAUUCAGCUUCAAUGACUUAACAGAGUAUCAUUCAAAUCGUGUUCAACAAGCAAGCAGUGAUUAUCGACAUGUAUCAAGUUGGAGUAUCGAAUUCUUGAAAACGUAGCGAAAAACUUGUAAAACAUGUCUCUUAGCAGCAGCAGCAGCAACAACAAUACAUCGUCGAGUCAACGAAUUCCGGAUGGAUACGCAACAAUUCGACGCAGCGGAUUACUCCGUCAUCCAUCGCUCAAACGUGCAUCGGUGCCAAAAACGCGAUCUACAUCAGAUUUGUCUGUUGUCACGCCGCCGCCAUCAUCCAGCAAUGGCUUAGCGAUGCAUAAUAACAAUAAUAAUACGAUAUUAACUCAAUUAGAUUCAAUUAGUACGGAAAACAAUAACAUCAAGUACAGUUCUCGUGCGUCGCUGGCAUCGUCUUCGUCUCCGAAGAAACUCAACGACGACGAAAUCGACGAAUUUGCAAAUUUAAAUGAAACGAACGACAGUAUUUCCGGUUAUAAUUACUCCCUUCCGCCUUUGAAGUCGCCCCAAUACAUCAAUCGACUCAAUACAUUCCGUUCCAAAACGAAAGACAUCAAUUUAUAUACGCGCCCUCGAAGUCCCACGGAGUCAUUCACUUCACUUCCAUGCGAGCCGUUGUACCAAAAUGUACCGCAAUCGCCAAUUUAUGCGAAUUUCAAUUCGUUUCGGGUGCCAUUGCCGCCGCCUCCGCCACCGAGAGACUACCAAAGUCUCGCGAAACUUAAGACAUUCCACUCGUUGUACGACGAGUCAGUCACGAAACGUAAGCCACCGAUUAAAUCAGCAACGCUUCAAUCUCGAACAUUCCACAGUAGUAACACGAGUAACAAUAUUUCCGCCAACAACGAGAUUAUCUAUGCCGAACCCAUGUUGGUUCCCCUGGCGAACAGUACAAACAUAGGAUCUAGCGAAUUUAGUGAUAUAAGUAGUGAUGGUUAUAGCAGUCGAAUUGGGCGACGAUCUGCCUCGGAUAUCGUGAGUUUAGACUUUGGUCCGAGCAAUAAGCCGUCGAUGAAUCGAUAUGCGACAUUCGGUUAUCAGAAGAAAAAUGAUGGGGAAAAACAUUUGACGGCGGGAAAAUCGACGGGAUCACUUAACGAAGCUCAAUUAGAUUAUUUUGAUAUCAUGAGUUGCAAAAUAGGGUGUCAAAAUACCGUAAGAACGAAACCGAAAGUGCCGUGGUAUGAAUUGGCAAUCAAAAAAGAUAAUCGUCAGAGUUGUCCGCCGUUGUAUGAAACAGAGGCCCAUGUUGUUUCUGCAUUCGAGCAAAGUUUGUCAAAUAUGACGACCCGAUUGCAACAAUUGACAGCAACUACAGAAAAGAAGGAUUCGGAGAUCCUGGAAAUGCGUCAAACGAUUGAACUUUUGAGAAAACAGUCGAUUCAAGCAGGUCUUACAACAGCGCACAUGCAAAGUAUGGGUGUCAAAAACCAAAAUAAUGUCGCAGCUAAUUCGCAACAGCAGCAAAACACUCCACAAACGCAGCAACAACAAGCAAAUAACGCACAAAUGAAAAAUACCAACAGCACGGAGCACGUAGGACGCUUACCGUCAUCCGAAUCGACGCUCCAACGACAUCUCAGUAGCGAUUCAAUGUGUUCCCUGAACUCCAUCAGUUCCGGAUGCUCAAAUGACAAGAAGAAAAAGAAAGGCUGGCUACGUAGCUCAUUCUCGAAAGCCUUUUCGCGAAAUGCCAAAAUCACAAAAGUCGAUAGAUCCAAUCGACAGAUGUCGAGUCACUCGAAUUUGGGCUCCAACACGGAUGUAAGUAGUCAACAUUCGCAUGUCAUGUCGCCCGAACUGCCACCAAAGAUGCCAACAAUGGAAAAUAAUCACGUGGAACCACAAAAACCUGUUACGAUAAUUGAUAACGCGAAUCCAAUCGACGCGUUAGAUUUGGAAGGAAAUCCCGUGGUUGAAGAUCUGAAGAAGCAAUUACGGGAAAAAGACAUGGUUCUUACCGAUAUUCGUCUCGAAGCGCUGAGUUCCGCUAGUCAACUGGAAAAUUUGAAGGAAACUGUCAUGAAGAUGCGACAAGAAAUGAUAAAUUUGAAACAAAAUAACGAAAGACUGCAAAGACUCAUCACGAGUCGUUCACUUGCGGGCAGCGAUGCAUCGCUUGGCAUACCGGCAAGUCCCUCGACGACAGAUGGAGGCGAUCGGAGAUUUAGUUUGGCAACUGAUAAAUCGGGAUCGAAUGUGCAACCCGUGAAUACGUCAGAAAUUGAACAAAUGCUGGAUUCACAAUUGAAUGAAAUGUUGUCGAUUUUACAGCCGUUGCCGACGACAAAAGACGACGAUGCCUUGCAAAGUCCCGUAAAGUUCACAAAGUUGUCGACAUCAACGAUUCCCGAGACAGAAAUUUUAUCCGCUGGCAUGGAUGAAAUCCCAGACGGAAAGAAAAUCGCAAUUUCCGUUUUUCUUGGACAACCAGAGUGUUUUGACAAGUACGCGGAUGAGCUAAGUAACGACGUGUCGUCAUCGGAAAAGGAUCUCGUAACAGACGCGAGUGAAUUUGUGAUAUCAUAUACCUACAUAUCAGGCAAAACAACAUGGCAAAACUUGGACUACGUAGUUAGGAGAACAUUUAAAGAAUAUUUAGCUAAAGUAGAUCCCGGAUCAAAUCUGGGUCUCAAUACGGACUCGAUUUCGUCGUAUUACCUGGGCGAAGCGAAACGCGGACCAGAAAUGGGUUUGCCCGAGCUACUUCCGUGCGGAUAUAUCGUGGGACACACAAAUACGUUGUACAUUUGCUUGCAAGGCGUCAGUAGUUUGGCAUUUGAUUCGUUAGUGCCGCGCGGCAUCGUAAAUCGUUACGUGAAUUUGCUCAUUGAACAUCGUCGGUUGAUCUUGUGCGGACCAAGUGGCACAGGAAAGUCCUAUUUGGCACGAAAACUCGCCGAAUUUCUCAUCGAGAAGUCCGAUAGUGAUGUAAUUGCGACAUUUAAUGUCGAUAACAAGUCGAAUAAGGAGUUGCAGCAAUAUUUGGGACACAUUUCCGAGCAGGCAAUGAAUGGAGAGAAUGAAUUGCCGUCAGUUAUUAUCCUUGAAAACUUGCAUACGGCAAACGAAUUGGGAGAUGUGUUCUCUUCGUUGCUGAAUGCGGGACCAAAACUGCCAUUUUUGAUCGCCACGAUGUCUCAAUCGACAUGCAAUGCGACGAAUUUACAGUUGCAUCAUAACUUUAGAUGGAUCCUCCUCGCGAAUCACAUGGAUCCCGUGAAAGGUCUGCUCGCCCGUUACUUACGCCGAAAACUCUACUUAUUGGAAUUAGUGAGAGGAAAAUCAAAUCCACAACUUGAAGCACAAUUACUUUGGUUACCAUUGGUGUGGCAGCACAUAAACAGCGUUCUCGAAACGCAUUGCAGUAGCGACGUUACUAUCGGUCCUCGUUUAUUCCUCGAUGUGCCACUGGAUUCCGCCGAAUCUGAACAAUUUUUCAUCAAUUUGUGGAAUCUGAAGCUUGUGCCAUAUAUCGUCGAGGUUGUGCGCGAAGGAAUCCAAUUGUAUGGUCGGCGUGGUACAUGGACCGAUCCGUGCACCUUCAUUCGCGAAUCAUGGCCAUGGCCCGUAAGACCAACAAGUGUGCCAAAAUUGAAACAAAUCACUGUCGAGGAAAUCGGAUUGGAGGGCAUGGUUAGUGGCAAUAAUGAUAACGAUCCGCUAUUGGAAAUGUUGAUGCGCCUGCAGGAAGCUGCAAAUUGCAAUGGCAACAAAGACGAUUCCGAUUGCGAAUCUAAUAUGACACACGAUAGUUCAGCUGGCAUAGAAUAGAUAUUUAAGAAAAAAAAAAUUAAAGAAAAUCAAACAAAUUAUAUAUAUACACACUAAACACUCACACAUAUUAUGAAGACAACAACAAAAAAUAUCAAUAUUAUAUAGGAUAUACAACUUGAAAAAUGCUUUAGAUGUUUUUCCAAAAAGAAGAUUUUUAUACCUUUUUUGAAGUGUAACAUUAUAAGAGUAACAACAAAAAUUAACAACAACAAUGCCUUGCUAAUUUUUAUACGUACAUAAUACAUAAGACGUCGCUUAAUUUCGUUGCUCAUUCAAUAACUUAUCCUAAACAUAAUUUUUGGCUUAUUGUCUGUUACAAACGCUUUUUCCCUUCAACUCUAAUAAUUCUUCAACUAAAA